AUGGCCCGCACCAACACCCAGAUCUUCCUGGCGAACCGCCCGCCCAACGACGGCGCCAUCGACCCCAAGCUCGGCGCCACGUUCGACCAGCGCCGCGUGCCCGUGCCCGAGCAGCUGCCCGCCGACUCGGUGCUCAUCGAGGUCAAGUAUCUCUCCUGCGACCCGGCCAUGCGCGGCUGGCUGCGCGACGCGCGCUCCUACCUGCCGCCGGUGCAGAUCGGCGAGACAAUGCGCGCAGCCGGUCUCGGCGUCGUCGUCGCCAGCACUUCGUCUGCCUUCCAGGUCGGCGACGAGGUCAGCGCCACGACGGGCUGGCAGACGCACGCCGUCAUGCCGGCCAAGCAGGUCGAGAAGCUGCCGAAGCGCGAGGGCGCAGAGCUCAUCGACGCCCUCGGCGUGCUCGGCAGCUCGGGCAUGACGGGCUACUGGGGCCUGUUCGACGUGGCUGGACUCAAGGGCGGCGAGGUGGUCGUCGUCACCGGCGCGGCGGGAUCGGUCGGCAGCGUCGUUGUGCAAUUGGCCAAGCUCAAGGGCUGCACCGUCAUCGCCACGGCCGGCUCCGACGACAAGGUGCGCUGGCUCAAGGAGGAGCUGGGCGCCGACGCCGCAUUCAACUACAAGUCGCCGACGUUCUCGGCCGACCUCAAGAAGUGCUGCCAGAAGGAGUACAAAUUUGUCGACGUCGUGUUCGACAAUGUCGGCGGCGAGCAGCUCGACGCGCUGCUGCUGUGCCUGCGCCGCUAUGCCCGCAUCGCGCUCUGCGGCGCCAUCUCGGACUACAACCGCGCCCCGGCCGGCCUGCGGAACUACCAGACUCUGAUCGCCAUGGAGGCGAAGAUCCAGGGCUUCAUCGUCUUCACCUACGCGUCGCGCUACGAGGAGGCGCGCCAGCAGCUGGCGAAGUGGAUCGGCGAGGGCAAGCUGAAGCGCAACUUCUGCUACGCCGAGGGCGGCAUCCUUGGCACUCCGCAGGCGCUCGUCGAUCUGUUCUCCGGCGUGAACAAGGGCAAGAUGGUCGUCCCUCUCUAG